CCUCUCUAAGCCUGGCAAAAGGUGGUGCAUGCCUAUGAUCCAAGCAUCUUUGCGACGCAACUCCCCAACCAGCCAGCGUCAGCCUCUAUCGUCUGCUACCCGUCACACCCCCGAAGCCCGGAGGAUUAUUACACCCCUCCCCCCUCCCUCUUCCCUCUUCCCUCAUGGCCUCAGUUCCGACCUAAAUUGCACCUCGUCGCCCGGUUCUUCCUCAGGGCCGGUCCCUCCUCCCUGUUGAUUUGCUUCUGCCUAUUCCUGGCCUAUUAUUCUACACAUUUCCCAUCUCUUGCUCUUGUCUCAUUUUGUGCCUUACACUAUCCUUGAUCUUGUGAAGAGCCAAACAUCUCCGAACCUAGUUGCGUAUAACAACACUUCUAUCCAAGUUGCUCCUUGGACGGAUCAAAAGAAGAUUGAGUAGGGACCGACCAGGGCAUACAAGUGGGCAAGCAGCCCUCCCGACCUUCAGGAUGUUGCUUAGCGACGGUUUCAUGCGCCUGCCGCCCACCACGGCCGUUCUGCUUCUCAGCAGUAUCUUCACCCUCACCGAGGCCGGCGCCCUCCCCCCUCAGACACAAGCGCAGAUUGCUCUCCGGACGUUGGAUGUUCGCAGUUGGCCGCUGGCUACCCCGGCGCCAUGGCUCGGCAUGAUGAGGAGGCAGGACGACAGCACCAACACCGUUUGCGGCUACAUCAGCGCCGACCCUAACCUCCCGGCAACAUGCUCCGCCGGAUCUCAUUGCGCCAUGGACGCCUCCGCCUCCGCCGUCGGCUGCUGCCCGAACGGCGUCGCCUGCUCGACCGGCAUUUACACCAGCUGCGUGGACGGCAGCAGCCCGACCCAAACAGCAUCUGACCCUUACAUCUUUACAUGCCAGGGAUCUAACGUGUGCUACCGUAACACCUAUGAUGGAGGCGCCUACCAGUAUGGAUGCGGUACGUCCAGCCAGGGCGCAACCGUAUUCGCCACUGCUUCGGGUCUCAGCACGACUGUCGCAAUCACCCAGGUCACGCUCGUCACGAGACAGGAGACUUCUUCGUCGUCGUCGUCGUCGUCGUUGUCAUCGACCAGCUCUUCCCGCUCGAACACUUCUUCCUCGACAACCUCUACUACACUCUCGAGCUCGUCGAGUACCAGCUCCAGCUCUUCGACAACCUCCACCUCGAAAUCUUCCACAACGCACUCGGCAUCGGCCACCAAAGCCCAAAGCUCACCCUCCGGCGCCGCCGUCCCGCCGCCCGGCGCGGUCGAGGCAGCAAACAGACGCCACGGCGCUACUAUCGGCGGGGCCAUCGCUGGCGCUGCCGUCUUUGUGGCUAUUGUGUCGGGGGCUCUAUGGAUGUGCAAGCGCAAUCGCCGCCGCAACCAACGCCUCGGACCCGGUGCCGGAAAGGGCCCGUCAUUUGUCCCGGAGCCCAACUCGAAGGAAUUUGCUCCCGUUGCCGGCGGCGGUGAGAUGAUGUUUGACCAGGCAGGCUACGGCCACCCGGCCAUGAUGCCCGGCGCCCACGGAACGACAACCUCCAUCUCAGGAGGCCAAGCCGCCGGCACGCCGCCGCACGCCGGACCCGGGGGCUACAACCCGGCCCACGGCGCGUCCCACCCCACCGGCGAAGGUGCCCCGCUAACGCAAUCGAACGAGGCCGAAGAGUUCGCGCGCGGCUACAACGACGCCGCCUUCCCCGCGCGCGAGGAAUACCGCGCGACGAGCUCGGGGAGCAGCACCGUCGGGAAACCCUACAGCAGCGGCACCGGGGCGGAUUCGGCACAACAGCAGGCCGAAGGAGCUGACAGCAAGCCGCUGUGGCAGCAGACCCGCAGACAGAGCCGUAACAUGGUGUGGAGGUGAGGCGGAGUAGUUUACUUGCUCGUGGGUGUUGGCGGAGGCUUUCGCAUGAGCCUGGGAUCAUGCUUGGUGUUUAGGAGUUGGAGUAGAUUAUUCACAUUAACGCAUACGAUGGCGGCCGUGUGAUCAUACGGCCUGUGGUUAGAUUGGAGUCGGACCGCUCCUGAUGAGGUACACAAUCUGUACGCGACAUAUAAUAUUUCCCCAUCUGUUACCCUCUUGGACGCACAGUAU